UGCCCCGGCUGCCGCGGCUCAGCUCUCGGAGGGAGUCAAGCGCCAGGCAGCGGUCGCAAGCCGAGCCCCCCCGCCAGCAUGGCCAGCGAAUUCAAGAAGAAGCUCUUCUGGAGGGCGGUGGUGGCCGAGUUCCUGGCCAUGAUCCUCUUCAUCUGCAUCAGCAUCGGCUCUGCCCUGGGCUUCAAUUACCCCGUGAAGAACAACCAGACGUCAGGUGGGACCCAGGACAACGUGAAGGUGUCCCUGGCCUUUGGGCUGAGCAUCGCCACGCUGGCCCAGAGCGUGGGCCACGUCAGCGGCGCCCACCUCAACCCGGCCGUCACCCUGGGGCUGCUGCUCAGCUGCCAGAUCAGCGUCUUCCGGGCCAUCAUGUACAUCGUUGCCCAGUGCGUGGGGGCCAUCGUCGCCACUGCCAUCCUCUCCGGCAUCACCUCCUCCCUGCCCGACAACUCGCUGGGCCGCAACGGGCUGGCCUCUGGCGUGAACUCAGGCCAGGCCCUGGGCAUCGAGAUCAUCGCCACCCUGCAGCUGGUGCUGUGCGUGCUGGCCACCACCGACCGGAGGCGCCGGGACCUGGGGGGCUCGGCGCCCCUCGCCAUAGGCCUCUCUGUGGCCCUGGGACACCUGCUGGCGAUUGACUACACUGGCUGCAGCAUUAACCCUGCCCGGUCCUUCGGCUCCGCGGUAAUCAGCCACAACUUCUCGGACCACUGGGUCUUCUGGGUGGGGCCGUUCCUCGGGGCCGCCCUGGCCGUGCUCAUCUAUGACUUCAUCCUGGCCCCGCGCAGCAGCGACCUCACGGACCGCCUGAAGGUGUGCACCAGCGGCCAGGUGGAGGAGUACGACCUGGACGGCGACGACGUCAACUCCAGGGUGGAGAUGAAGCCCAAAUAGAGGGGGCCGGGCCCGGGCACCCCCGUGGGGGACAGGGGCAGGGGCGGGCGGAGGGCGGGGCGGGGAGGAGUCCGUAUUGUAGACACUCUGACAAGCUGGCCACCGUCCCCUUGUCAAAGGUGCGGAGGGACGCGCGUGGC